AGAACUUCGCACGCCCGUCUCCAGAUAGCUCUGAACUACGCUUUCCAAGGGGUGUCGAGGACGGCCCGCGGCCUACUAGCCCAAGCAAACAGGGCCUCUCAGCGCGCCAAGCUUGGAACUACAUUUCCCAGAAUGGCUGCAGGGUUUUCCCCCCCCCUCCCAAAUUGGCUCGUGCGCAGGCCUGCGCAGACGUGCCGACGGGGAGGCCGAGGUGGGGAGGAGUUGUCGUGGCGGCAUCGUCCCGAAACAGGUGGAGGUUGGACGCCGGCGGGUGCUCUGGAAAUGAAAUCCCCGGUCCAUAGGGCAGGCAGGCGAGGAGGAGGGGCCUCGCCAGAGUUCGGCGCCCCUCAGGCCUGUUGGGUGCGUCUUCUUGAGAACGGGUCUGCCUGGGCGGCGCUACCAAAGUCCGAGGCCGGCGCGCAGCGGAUCGCGCCUGGCUGGGGCCUACCUGCGCGCCCUGGUUCGGCUUCCCCGGCGGGAGCCCGGCGCACAGCGUCUGGCCUCGGGGUCCGCUCCUGCGUGAAUCGGGAGAGGGUGCUGCCGGCCACACGUCGUUGGCGUGCCCCCAUCGGACAGGGCCCUGCCUCAGUUUCCGCACCUCGGAAACGGUUUACCUGCGGUCGGUGGCCGAAUGCGAGCUUCCCGCCGGGCCCACCGGUCUGCCCCUCGCUCCUGUCCUUCGUGAGUGCCAGCUCUCCGGCCUCCUUUCUGCUCCAGGAGCACCGCUGAUCCGUUCCUGCUCACAGCAUCUCCAGAACUCCCUUCCUCUCGCAGAUCUGAAAGUCUGCCCGGUUCUCCCUCCCACCCUCUGCCCCAGCCCCGCGGUACCCCGUAUGGGUGGCAUUAGGCUGUAUGUCUUCUUGGGACGGGCUGACUGCAUGUAGCACAAUGUUCUCUGCGUUCACCUGUGACGUGGUGCGUGUCCGAAUUACCUUCCUUUUUAAGACUGGCUAAUAAUUCGUUACGUAUAUGGA